GAGGGCGGGGUGACGUUUCCGAGCAGCGUUUCCGGGGGGCCUGGCGCGGUUUUUAAGAAAAAUGAAUAAAAAUACUCCAUUUUGAGGAUAUCAUGGCAAAAUCAAAUACAAAAUUCAAAGUUUGUUCUCGGGAAUCAUCAGUUUCUUCUCUGUUGAGCUGCAACCUGAGUGGAAGUAGUUCUAAUUCUGGCGGCUCUUUUCGGUUUAAGGAUAAACUGUACAGUUCUGCAUCUCAGGCUCUGCAGGCUUAUAUAGAUGAUUAUGAUCUCAGCCAAAUGUGUUCUGGUGCAAGGCCUGGAAGGCUUAACAUUGAUAAACGUUCUGCCAAUGUGCCUGAAUUCUCCGAACAUACUUCUAAGCCAAAGAAUGCUUUUGAGAAUCUUAAUCACAGAAAAAGCUCCUUAUCCUAUAGAAGAGAGAUUAUUAAUGACAUAGACUCCAUAAGUCUAACAACUGAUGAUUUAUUAAAACUUCCAGCAGAUGGAUCAUUUUCCGUCACUUACGUUGGACCAGGUCACCAAAUCCACAAGAAAAGCAAGAAAUGCAUUGGAAAAUUGAGUUUUUUGGACAGUGAAAGGAAGAAAAAUGUUCAAGAAUCUGCCAUUCCUGUGGGCAAGAAUAACUCAGUCACCUCUAUUAUAUGUACAAAUUUAAAUGGGAAGCAGUGUGAGAGAUUAAAAACCUCAAAAGUUGUGACUAAGACUAAUAAACACAUUUCUGAAGCACCUGUAUAUGUUGCCAAGAAAUUGCCUUUCAAGGACAGUUCAGAACAGUCUUGCAAAGACAGUCUUGCAAAAAAUUACCCAAGAUGGCUCACAAGCCAGAAAUCGGAUCUUAAUAUUUCAGGGAUUACUAGUCUACCUGAUUUCAAAUACCCAGUCUGGCUCCACGAUCAAGACUUGUUACCUGAUACAAAUAGUGAAAGAAUAUUUAAAGAAGAUCAAAAUUCCCCUGGACACAGUUACCAGGCACAAAGAACUUCUCGAUUUACAAAUACAUUAGAUUGCUUUGAAGAUUCCUUUGAUCCCUCAAAUUCCUUGAGUAACGAUAAAGAAUUAAUUAACGAAUAUGAAUGUGACUGUGAUCAAAAUAAGUGUCAACAUGAGAAUCCACUUCUCCCAGGGCAAUCCAAAGAGCCAUUCAGUGGUGACAGAAUUGAAUUGCUUAUCCUGAAAGCCAAGAAAAAUCUAGAGCCUUGUAAUGAAGAACUACCAAAGCCUAUGAAAAAGGAGGAGGAUAGUCCUUGCUCCUUAGAUAAACUGGAGGCAGAGAGAUCAUGGGAAAACAUUCCUGUUACUUUCAAACCUCCUGUUCCUGUUAACUCUAAUGAUAGUCCUCAGACAUCAAGGAGAAGUUUUGCUAAUGGUUCCAUUGAAGAAUUUUUACAUGAUGAUAAUCAGAGCUGUACCCUUUCUGGAGGGAAACAUCAUGGUCCUGUUGAAGCCCUGAAACAAAUGUUAUUUAAUCUUCAAGCUGUGCAAGAAAGUUUUAAUCAGAAUAAGACCACAGAGCAAAACAAAGAAAUUAAGCAAGUUUUGGAAGAUGAUUUUUCUAAAUUACAAUUGAAAGAAAGUAUGAUUCCUAUUACCAAAUCACUUCAAAAGGCUUUGCACCAUUUAUCUCGCCUGAGAGACCUGGUUGAUGAUACCAGUGGGAAACAGUCACCGAAAAUGUGAAGAGGAAAAAUAGAACUGUUUAACCAAUAAAUAAUCACCACAAUACAGUAUUUUUUCAAUUGCUUAAGUGUACAUUAAAUGGAAAUUUUAAGCCAUUAGUCUGUAAUUGUUUCAAGUAUUAUGUAUAUAUUUAUUUAUUAAAAAAUACCCUGAAAUGU